UAAUUUAUUCAACGACUGAUAAGACAAAAACCAAUUAUAAUUCCGCUGAUUCGUUUUCUUCGCAUUUGGAUCUCAUAUCGCUGUACAGCAAUUUAUCAAGAGUCGCGACACGGCCAAGUACAGAAUAAUCUUAACGUUAUAGCCGAUGAAUAUUGUUAUCCUUGGUUCGACUUUCUAAACUGAAGUUCUCCAUGGACAGAAAUGAUAUUUGUUAAAUAAUAGUCAUAUAAAUAUUUUUAUAUUCCCAAAUAUUACAUAGAAAUUCUACGUAUAAUUUUUUCAUCUAGGGUAAACGAUCUUCGUCGAUACGAUCGUCUUCUUCGAAGUUUAAGUUGUGUUUAAUUUAUCGUACCGAUAGGGAUGGGUUGAAACUGUAUUAAAAUUUAAAUUUCGAUACGCGCUUGUUAUAUUCGAGGCGAAUAGCUACGUAAAACAGCGACAGUACUUAUCGCAUACGUACUACUAAUUAAUGUAGGAAUUAACAACACGAAACCUUCAGAAUCGUACUCCUUUACUCGACUCGAGUCGUUCUCAAUUUUGUCAGAACUUUAGUCCGCUUUUAAUUUCCACCUUCGAGUCUAAAAAUCGAUCGAACACGGAUAGCUAGGGACUGUAGACAUUUUUACGACUAUUACGCAAAGUAGAACGAUUUUCGAAUCGUCGAAUGACGUACGCCGACGUAGCGUUUCCGUAAUUAAAAAGGUUUGUACCCAGUGAACAAUUCGCGCUUCGCGUGCAAAUGGUAAAUUAAGCUGUAAAAAACGUAAUCGAAGAAAUUAUAUCUUACGAAUCGUAGGAAGCGGGAUGAAAAAGAAGUUUCCAUAUUUUUAGACUCGCUAUAUAUAUAUAUAUAUAUAUGUAUUAUUAUUAUCGUUUGUACUUUUACUUAAUAUUCUUAACGUAAGUGAGCAGAUUGACAAAAUAUCUAGGCAGGAAACAACGAGACACUGCAUUAAUACGUGCGAACAUUUCGUUUCUUUUUCUAUCUUUUUUUGUUAUUAUUACUAUUUUAAUUGUUGUUGAACAACCGGUAGUAAACAUCGUAUCAUGAUCGAGUAAUCACUGUUGAAACUUGAACCGCGAGCUUGGAAAUCGUACGAUUUAUUUUCACUUUGUUACAAAUGCGUUUCAAUGAUGGUAACUUGGAAUGUCUGUGAUUUAGUAUCAGCAAACGAUCGUUUGGCGUACACGCAAAAGAAUUCUGUAAAAUGUACAUAGAGAGGUGUAAUGUAUAGGAAUCUACGAAAGCGGGAUAUAGAAACGGCGCAGUAAAAUCGUUUAGGUACAACGAAAGUGUAACAGUUGUGCUUUUUUGUACCAAACAAAAAAAAAAAAUAAGAAAAAAAACGAGAAAGUGUUCGUUGUUACGUUGAAACGCGUAGACAUGUAUAUAACUGUUUAGAUUUCGGCCCGCGUCUAGCACGUACCGAAAGUGAGAUUUACAAUGUACGGAAUCGAAUUAACAAUUUACUUCUACUGUAACAUAGCUGCUAUACUAACCUUAACGAUUGCGGAUGCAAAUCAUGAUACCGAGACGCAACGUGCACAGAGAGCCGAGAUCUAAACCCGCGUUACGGUCGUUUACAACUAGAUCACAAUUGUCAUUCGUUCGGGUGUUAGUUUUGCAGAGUCAGCCGAUCGUUCCUUAGUUUUCGCGCGAGUUUAACCUUUGUAAAUGCUGCGCUAUCGUGUUCGUAGCCAGGAGUUUAACCGACGUACGGAAAACCAGCAACGUGUCAGACUUUAUCAGCACACGUAUCCGCGCGCAUUGUGUUCAAAGCUCGCCAAGGGCUGAGACUGUACUAACGAACAAGCAAACUUUUAAUUACACGCGACUUACUUGCGGGCAGGACCUUCGAACAAAUAAUGUCACACCACGUAUGCAUAUAGAUGCGCAGCAUAGGAGAAUUGAUUCAUAAAAAUUUCCGCUUCUGGAAAACAUACACGUACACACACACAGAGAGAAAUACAUACACGAAAUCGUACCACAUACACGUCGUUAUACAAUGCAUAUUAUCCGACCAUGCAUCGCGUACAGUACAUGACAAUUUUUUCAAGUAUUGUAAUUUUAUAUGAACAAACGAGUAUACGUGUGCGAGGCUGUGCGCAUGUGUGUACGAACAUCGGAGAGUGUACAAAAGGAAAAGUGCAUGGAAAGGAAUAAAAGCAAUUACACACGCGAGACCGGGGGAAUGGAGAUCCUUGCGAUACAAAUUUUCGAGUACAUAAUGUUCCAUGUUCUAAGCAAGGAAUGUCACGUUUAUACUAAAGCACAAAUGAAUAAACCAUCUGUAUAAUGCGUACGACGAUCGGCGUCAUUCAAUUAGCAAUACAUUCACCUUUAAUAAAAACACGAUCGGUGUGCCAGACUCAGCGCGAUCAAUGGCUACGUUUGCAUUUGCAACGAAACGAUUUAAAUUUACAGCCAAAGAAUUCGUCAUACACACGUGGGAUUUCAACGGCCAAUCUAACGCCGGAGCGUCUAUUUUAAGCUCGCUUUUGCCAAUGCUGCCAAAGCAAAAGCUUCGUCGGCUUUUUAAUUUCUUUCGUACCGGGGAUUAGAAUUUUACAAAGCACGUUCACGCGUCGCGACACGCCGUGGAAACGUUUCUCGCGUUAUAUUCGUUUACGGUAUUAUUUACGUACGAUCGAACAUGCGUGUGACUUUCGGCGUUCUUUGAAACGUGAUUUCGAAUACUGUUUAAAAUAACGCAAGUUGGCAAGAAUUCCAGUGCGGUCCAUCGAAUCUGUGAAAAGCACAGUAAUCAGUUGGGUAAUCGUGCAACGGUAAUCGAGAGAUCGAGAGAAUCGUGAGAUAUGGAAAAGCCAAUAGUACGCGCAAGGGUGGUAAAGGUUCUCGGUAGGACUGGUUCUCAGGGGCAAUGUACGCAGGUCAAAGUGGAAUUUCUGAACGAACAAAACAGGCAGCUGAUUCGAAACGUGAAGGGUCCUGUGCGAGAAGGAGACAUUCUGACCCUGUUAGAAUCGGAAAGAGAAGCAAGGCGACUACGUUAAUUCAAACGGGAAACGACCGUUCUCCCUAAACGAACAAAAGACAAUUCGAACCUUUCCAGGUACACACGACCGUUAUACAGAUAUUGGAAGCAUUCGAUAAAGGUCCUACGAGCAAAAAUGACGAUCCUUACCCAGAAAUUGAAAGCAGCAUUUGUUUUUAUAUACACGUGUUUUUUAACGAAACAUAAACUCACAUAUAUGUCAAUGACGCCAACAGUUACGAUAACAUGUCUGGCCGCUACAUAAAUGUAAUUAAAAACUAUUUUCAAAUAAAACUU